AUGGAGGGGCCCCGCAUUGGCUUUAUCGUUCCUGAUAACCCCGCUAUCCAACCUACCCAUAAAAUCCUAUAUGGGAGAACUGUUACGCUAGAACCCCUCAGCACGGCACAUUCCGAUGAUUUAUUCUCCUGCCUCGGCGGAAGCGAAAACUUGAGAAUAUGGGACUACAUGGCUGAUGGCCCCUUCGCCUCGAAGAAAGAAUUCAACAGUUUUAUUUCACAAAAGGCUGAGUCAGAGGACCCUCUGUUCUUCAGCAUCGUUGAUCGCACUUCCAACGGCAAUCGUGAUAGUGGCAGGGUAACUGGAUUCCUAAGCCUUCCCCGCAUCGAUGUCAAGAAUCGUGUGGUGGAAAUUGGCUUCGUUACCUUUUCACGCGAACUACAGCGUACCACACCAGCAACAGAAACCAUGUAUCUUUUGCUUAAAUGGGUGUUUGAAGAGUUGAAUUUUCGCAGGUGUGAGUGGAAGUGUAGUGAUUUGAAUGAACCGUCAAAACGGGCAGCGGAAAGGUUGGGGUUUGUGUUGAGGGUUUGUUCAGACAGCAUAUGA